AUGACUGCUGAACGUAAAUUUUUUGUUGGUGGAAACUGGAAAAUGAACGGUGACAAAGCAUCAAUUGAUGGAAUUUUAAAUUUCUUAAAUGGAUAUGCCGAUGAUGGUAAGGUUGAUGUUGUUGUCUGCCCACCAGCACCAUACUUAGUUUAUGUCCAACAAAAUCUUAAGAAUGGUGUCAAGGUUGCCGCACAAAAUUGCUACAAAGUUCCAAAAGGAGCUUUCACUGGAGAAAUUUCACCAGCAAUGUUAAAUGAUCUUGAUAUUAAGUAUGUUGUCUUAGGACACUCUGAACGUCGUCACGUAUUUGGUGAAAGUGAUGCAUUGAUUGCUGAAAAAACAAAACAUGCUCUUGAAUCUGGUCUUACAGUUAUCUUCUGUAUUGGUGAGAAAUUAGAGGAGCGUGAAGCUGGAAAAACUAAAGAUGUUAACUUUAGACAACUUCAGGCAUUAAUUGAUUUGGGAGUUCCUUUUGAAAAUAUAGUAAUUGCUUAUGAACCAGUAUGGGCUAUUGGAACAGGAAAAACUGCUUCUCCCGAACAGGCGCAAGAAGUUCAUAUGUGGAUUCGUCAAUUCCUUAAAGAGAAAGUCUCUCAAGAUGCUGCAGCUAAGACUAGAAUCAUUUAUGGUGGUUCUGUUACAGCUGAUAAUUGUGUUGAACUUGGAAAGAAAGAAGACAUUGAUGGUUUCCUUGUUGGAGGAGCUUCCUUGAAACCAGAAUUCAUCAAAAUAAUAAAUGCUAGGAACUAG